AUUCCACUUGUAUUAUUACUCUUCAAAGUCCCCUAAAAGCAAGUCAAGGUUUGCUACUCCUAAACACCAAAUGGCGCAGUCAACAGUCUUGGUCUUCGCACUUGCCUUAGCCAUCACCAUGCAAGACACUCUUGGUGGAUUGAUUAGUUUCGGUCGUGACAAUAACAUCCGGUGUGAGGACAUUGAUCGGGAUUCGUGCGCCUUCUCGGUGUCCUCCACCGGCAAGAGGUGCGUGCUCGAGAGCCGCCUCCUCCGAUCGGGGUCGGAGGAGUACACAUGUGGCACAUCCGAGAUAGUGGCCAAAAAGUUCAACAACCACGUCGAGAUCGACAAGUGUAUCCAAGCCUGCGGUGUCGACCGUUGGACCCUUGGCAUCUCGUCCGACUCCCUCCUCGACCGCAGGUUCGUCGCCAGCCUCUGCUCCGACGAGUGCUUCCAGAAUUGCCCCAACAUCGUCGACCUCUACUUCAACCUCGCUGCCGGUGAAGGGGUUUACCUCAUGAAACUUUGCGAAGCCCGUCAAUCGGAAGGGCGUCGUGGGAUGAUGGAGGCCUUCAAGAGCUCCGGGGCGGCGACUCUCUCACAGGAAAUGUAUUGGUUGUACGUACUGGCUGACGAAUCAGAGGCUCCGGCUCCAAGCUCGGACAACGAGUAGUCUUGAAGUACCUUCAUUAAAAAUUAGGCCCCAUAGUUUAAACCCCUUCAACAUGUAUAAGUGAAGGUAUCGUCAAACCUUCACUUAAAUAGUUGAUUAGGGUUGCAAACUUGUUAUUUCACCAUGAAUAGAAGGUAUCGUCAAACUUUUUUAUAAAAUUAUAUAUAUUGUGGUUUCCAAUUAAUUAUAUAAUCAAAUCGAUGUUGACAUUUAAAUUUGGGAAGUCCGUGGCUUGGGAUGUUUGGCAAUUUGUUGAUUAGGAAUUUGGAUCAACUAGUUGGAUAUCCCAUGUAGUGGUGUUUUAAAAAAAAAUAACUGAAAAAAAUACAUAAAUAGACAGUU